AUGACCCAGCGACCGUGCAGCUACUCAGAGCCAGGCAUCCGUACUUUUCUUCUCCUGUUUUUAAUCUUGUUUCUUGAUCACUUCUUUCGCAUCAGCCGUCUGCGGCCUAGCCUGCAACAUCAGCAGCGAGACGACCAUGACAAUGUGAGGGCGGUGGCCAGGGACACCUCAGCCUCCGCCAGCCACCAGCAAGAGCAGCAGGUCAUGAUGCAGCACCAGCAACAACAGCAACAACCUCAGCGACCCCACGAGGUACAGCACCAACCCACAGACGCCGUUGACGAUGAACCUCUCUCCGAACCUGAAGACGAAGUCAUGGCGGCGGAUACCGGCCGCCGCGACGGCGUCUGCAAUGACGCCGACGAGUUUCCCCCGGGUUAUGGUGACAUAGUCGUUCCCAGCCGCGGCGGGGCCGGCAGGCGUCGGACGGUUUCGGAGCCCUUCAUCCCACGGGCGUCACCGCCCCUGGGCGGCCGCACAGGCAGAGACAUGCCGCCAACCUCCUCUACCGCCGCCACCGCCGCUGCCGCUUGUGGCAGUCGCGGCAGUGGCGGCGACGGCGGUGGCGCAUUCCCGAGCGGAGAGCGUGUACGGCCUCGGGAACCUCGGGAGGUUGAUGGCCUGAGAGCUUCCAGUCCCCUGGGGGAUGGCUUUGAGGAGGGGGGAUCUCAGGGGGGGGCAGGAGGAGCCAGGCGGCCCGCCAGCCGCCGUCCAGUCCAGUUUUGGGGCGUCUUCAACGGUACUUGGGGGUGGGAGACACGCACCCACGCCAAGUGCUUGCGAUCCGUGGGAUCCAUCCGGGAGUACUUCCGGGGAUAUAGGGCCCGAAAGAAAGCCCGGCAGAGCGAGGACCCUGCCACAGCCGGUGGCGCUGCAGGCGGCGGCGGGGCUGCCGCCGCCUUGACGGCCGCGAACGGCAUCUUGGCCAGUGGCUGCAGCGGCGGCGGCGGCAGCGGCAGCGGCGGUGGCGGCGGCGCCGCCGCCGCCGUUAACCUACCAAACCUCUCUGGUCUUUCCGCCUUGUCCUCCUGGCUGCCUCACUUGUCACAACUUGGCGCGCUGGGCCUGUCGCCGUUGCAGAUGAUGACGGCGUCCAAGUACGGCAGUACGGCAGUCUCCGCUGCCGCCGCCGCGUCGCUUCUGGGGUUCCAGGACAUGCCGAGUCUGGGUGCCGCCGCCGCCGCCGGUGGACCAGGCGCCGACGGCUUGCUCGCCGCCGGUCCCCACGUCCCCUCCGGCCGCGCCGCCGUCGGUUCCCCGUUCAGUAGCGCGUCAUCGUACGGCAUCCUACCUGCGGAUGUGGCGGCCGGCGGCGGGCUAUUUCCCCUUCCCCCGCUGCCGCUGCCGCCGCUGCAGGGCGCCGACGGCCUCGUCGUUGGGGAUUUGUCCGCGCCACGCUUGCGAAUGGAUGUCGAUGCGCUGUUACUAUUGGAUAGGGCUUCGGAGCCCGACUCCGCCAUGGCAGAUGUGACAGGUGUGGUGGCGGCUGCGCAGCCGCCGCUCCGCCACGUCCUGACGGUUACAACGGGUUCGAGUCCCACAGCGCGUCCCGCGAUCGAGGACGCCGCCGCCGCCAAGCGUCCCGUACAGUCAGUCGCCGUCACCACUGCGGUACCAUUCAGUGCCGCCGCCGCCGCUGCUAAGGCUGAGGCAAGUGUCGUACGCGGCGGCGGCGAAGAGUCCUCGGAGGAUGGUGGCGGCGUGACGGUACAUGACGGCUCAGGCGGCGGCGCUGUCGGUGCUGCCGCCCCCAGCACGCCGGCCGCGCCCGCUGCCAGCCGCGCCGACAGCGUAAACCCCAUCGUGGGUGUGGAGGCGUGGAGCCAGCAGCGGGCGGCGGUGGUUGCUAGGGAGGAGUCGGCGUUUUCUUUCCGUAUAGGCCGGGGAUGUGGGUUGGGAUCGGACGGCGGCAGGUCAUCUAGCGCCACGCCGCCGAUGCUACAUUUUGCGUUGACUGGAUCUGGCCUGGAUUCGGAUCCGAUCUCUUCACGGCAUCCUCAUCUCAGCAUGCAACCGGAACAGUUGCUCGCAGCACUGCCGUACACGGACGCGGCUGCGGUCAUUCGCAUCACACCUCGAGCGGCGACGGCGGUGACGGCCGGGGCGGCGGCGGCGCAGCAGCAGCAGCAGCCCCAGCCGCUGCCGGAUACCUCGCCGGCAGGCAAGGGCUCGCUUCACAUCUCCUUCGGCCCCGUCGAUGACGUCAUCAUCACCGAUGCCGUCACCUGCGGCGGACAUCCUGCUGACGUCACACUGCCGUACAAGCCGGUGCCUGCGGCCAGAACUGCGGGCAGCAACGGCGGCGGCGGCGCCGGGGACCCCUUCACGGCCGCCGACGGCUUGCUGAGCGCAGUAGUAGGUCGUGGCGGCUACCUCACCUCUUCCGGCCCUCCCGACGACGAGGGCGGUGGGGACACGGCAGGGGCGUUUCGCCAGAUGCCGCGGCGGCUGGGGCCGGCAGUACUCAGAUUACCUGGCGGCGCGGAACCUGCGGUGUUACCGCUAUCGCUGCCGCCCCAACAGCAGGAGCAGCAGCAGUUUCAGAUCCAGCACCAGCAGCAGCAACGGCGUUCGGCGGGUGUGACGUGUGGUGGUGGCGGCACGAGCGGGUCGCCCUCCCACAAGGUCCAGCAAGGAAACAGCGACAACGGACAACGGGGCCAUAGCGAAGGUCAGCAGUCGGCGGCCGCUGCCACGGCCGCUGCGGCGGCGACGGCGACGGCGGCGGCAGCCGCCGCCGUCGCCGUACCGAGUCUCCGCUCUUUGCUUGCGAGACCGGAUUCGGAGGUUUGCGGUCUGCUCCAUGAACUAAGACACGAUCAGUUGGUGCUGAUGUUGCUUCGCGCCGUGGCGUUGGUACGGCAGAAGAAGGCGCAUGAGGAACGGUUGAUGGACGAGCUGUCGCAGGUUCUGGAGCAGCAAGGCAACCUGCAGGCGCAGCUGCACACGCAGCGUAUGGAGACGGCACGAAUGUACCGCACGAUUGUGGCGAUGCGGGACGCGCGGAGCAGCGGCGGCGGCGCCAGCGCCGCCGCCAUUCCUGCGGGUGUUAUAGACGGCGACGGCGACGGAGACGGCGGCGCCGCGACUACUGCAGGCGGUACUGGCGGCGGCGGCGGCGGCGGUGGUGGUGGUCUGGGGUUCACUGGCAGCGCCGCAUCGCAGCCGCGGCGGCGGUCCUCGGGGGAGGGAGGGGCUGGCCACAGCCAGGCCAUAAUGGAAGAGGCGGCAACGGCGCGGACGCUGCGCGUCCCAGCGGCCGUCGGUUCGUCGGCCGGGGUGUCAGUGGAGCAUGCCGUACCGUUGGUCCGCCCGACUAUAGGCGGCGGUAUGGGUGGCACUGGAGUUCAGACUGGUCCGGAGUUUUCGGCUGCGGUGGUACCCAGGCAGCGCGACGCAGAUGCAGGUCACGUGGCCUGGAGCUCCCCCAAACCCCGUCAGCACACUGCGCACAGGCGGGGGACACCACGGAGGGCAGCAAGAGGCAGCGUGAUAACCAGCUUCCCGUGUGUAGUAAUACGCCGCUUGAAGCUGAUGGUCCCUGCUGCUGAAAUAACUGGCUCUCGUAAUUGCUUUUGUGUGUGGAAAAAGGGGGGAAGGAGAGGAAUGGAGGUGGCGUUGCUAAGGAGUGCUGACGGCUUUGCGCUUGCGUGCCUGUUGAGCCUUGCCAUUUAG